AGGUCACAUGCGUUAACGACAGCCCGCCCCGCGGCUCUCAUUGGCUCGGAGGUUCCCCGUGACGUCAACACCGAUCAGCUGUUUGCAAACUCAGUUGUAGAACAACAACAAAAAAAGCUUCAGUCGGGAGCGGACGGUUAGCGGGUUCGUGUGCCUCGUAUUCCAGCCCGUGGGAAUAUUCGUUUCUAUGAACGGUUUUGUCGUCGUCUACCUCACCCGUUUCAACGGAAUUAAGCGGUUAGAAGGACUGCGCCAGCACACAGGAUAUAAAGCGACCAAAGAGUUUUAUACAGAACAGUUUACAUUUCCUUGUGUAUCUCUGGAGUGAGAUAUUAUUUAGCACUUUAUCACUGCUUGUGCCACCUUGCUACACCUGAGCCAUUACUGUGAGUCGGAAGCACUGCUACCAAAGGACUGUGCUCUGCCUGGGAAUGUUCCAGAUGCUUAACAAUAUGUUUGCUAGAGAAUGCAGCAAUGCCUUAAGCCAAGAAACCAAACUGAGCGAAAAAGAAGAUGAUGAGUGGAUUCUUGUCGACUUCAUAGCUCAAGUGGAUCCUGGUUCGAGAGUUUCUGAAGAAGCAGCUACAUUUGAAGUCAUAUCACAUUCUGAUGAAACAUCUGUUCUGCCACACGUUUCAAAUACAUUUGAACGUUUAGGAACCACAAGUGACUCGUGCUUUAUUCAUUUCAACCUAUGCCCCAUGGAGGAGAGCUGGUUUGUGACACCACCUCCUUGUUUUACUGCAGGAGAACUGACCAGCAUGGCGGUGAAAACCAGCCCUAUGGAAAACCUUCUCAUUGAACACCCAAGCAUGUCUGUGUAUGCUGUUCAUAACAUGUGCCAUAAACCGGAGACUAGUUGUGAAUCUGGUUUUCCCAGCCCUGAUAGAACAGAGUUGGCUACAGAGAAUAAAAAAAAGGGUAAACACAUACAUUGUUCUAUUGCAGCUCUUGCUGCUCGAAUAAAAGGACUGGAGAACACCAAAAUAUAUCUUGGUGAUAAGUUGACUAAACUUCAUUUGGAAAAACAUCCAAGCAGAAAGGGUUUCCGGCGCCAGAAUCUCAUUCGAGGAUGCCGUUCCCAACAGACCAAGCACAGCAGACUCCUCGUUCACCAGCCUUCCCCACGUCAAUACAAUUAUUGAAGGAAUAUCCGUGCUUCGUUCCCUGGGUUGAGUAGCAGAGCGACUUGCAAUACACAGUGCAGCAUACAGGUCAUUCUGGUAUAAGGGCUGUGCAGGUCUCAGUUCUAUACCUUGUUCAGCACAUGGUUAAUACAUUCUUGUUAACCCACACUUUUAUGGAGAUUUUGUAUCUAUGAAACAUACAGGGACAGACUUAUUUUUAAAGAUCCUUUAAGCAUUUAUGUAACGCUAGCGUCGACAUAGUCUCCAUACAGAAGAAACACUGAAACCGAUGCAGUUGCCUAAGAGACUGUCAAAACCAAAGCUAGUGUGUGUUGGUACAGAAAGUACAUAUUCUGUAGCAUUAUGGUAAUGGUUAUUCAGCCAAUCAACUCAUUAUUCUUUGUUGAUAUUUCUCCCAAACCUCAGGACCCCUCUAAUCAUUUCUAGACUGAAGUUCCCCACCAGCACUUAGAGAAAAUCAAUAGAAAUAAGAGAGAACACCUCUUUGGUAACUACAAUGAUUACGGUUAAUUUACACAUUUUCAGAAAUAGGGCUAGAGGGCUUCUUAAAUGUUUCUUGGACUAGAUGUCUUAUCCACUGCCAUAUGUAAGUGAAUUGUACUAUGUACAAUAAUUACUGUGAGGGAAAAUUUUAAACAGGGAAUAAAACAAAAAAAAAGUUGUAUUUCUGAUGCAGAACUACUUGUAUACAUAUGUUUUACAUGUUUGAUAUUAGUACAUCAAAAGAACAUGUCUGAAUUUUUAUUCAUUUUAUAUUGCUUGUGAUGGGUAGCCAUAAAGGGAAAAAAGCAAUAUGUAACAAAAUAAAAUAUAUGAGCAGUUUAGGGCGAGACUUAUUGUAUUUUAGAGAAUCUUUAUGUUAAGAGAGCAAAAUAAUAAGAAUGUGUUUUUAUACUGGGUUUUUGUUCACAGGAAAAGUUUGGGGGGUGGGGUGCAGUUUGAAGCCAUUUUAUUCACAAUCUGUUUUUUACUCAGGGUCACACUGACCUGCCAGAGCACCAGGGGAUUUUCCAUGGCCCAGUCCCUAGUGAGUACGAGCCUGGUUCAGUUUCCUUCAGCCCUUUUUAAGUUCCACCAGAGGCAUAUAUAACAGCUAGAAUAUUGGGCACUGUCUGCAUCUUUGGAACUAGGAGUCCCACUAUGCCCCUAAGUUACUUGAAAAUCGCUAGAGAUCAUUAUCAGAGCAGUUUGUGUCCUAAUGCACCAUACCUGUGUUCUUCGGGUUUAUCCUCCCUGUUUGUUUUUUCACUGUUGGUAGGAGAAGCCAAACGCUAAAAAGUAUUUGGAGGGCAUUUCUAUAAUGCUGAGAUGAGUAUGUUUUGAUGUACUCCCAGUCCCCUUUAGUUCUGCCCAACAGCUGUAUCUUUUGGGCCAUUGAAAUUAUGAUUUCAUUGUGCAUGUGGGACAUACAGCAGGAUAGGACAAUGUAUAGGGACAUUGAACUUGACACUUUGAAAUGGCACCACAACAUAUGAGCUCCUGGGGCUGCAGGGGUGAUGCCAUUAUAAAUCAGGCCUACCACAAUAUAUAUACUUUUUUCUGAUAACUGUGCUGUUCGGCACCAUUUCUACAUUUUUAAGGCCUGUAUAAAGGCAUAUAAAAGUUUUGUUAUUCAUUUAAACUAUCAGUAUGUAUCUAGUAAUUAUUUUUCUCACUUGUAAUUUGCUGAUAUACCUCCUUUGUUGUCUAUAUUCAACAUUUCUGUGAUAUUUUUUUUCACACGUAAGCCAUAAGAUACUGUUAAUUGUGCAUAUUGUAACAGACACCAUUCCUUUUUUUUUUUUACUUUAGUCUCUUCGUACAAAUGCCUAAAACAUAAUGUGCGCUUAGAUUAAUUUUCUUAUUUGUUUGACAACUGAAAUUACUUGUGAUUUUUAUCUAACCUACCACUAGAAGGUUACAGAGGUUUAACAUCCUAUCCAUUUAAAGGAGAAGGAAAGUUUUCUUCAUUGGGGGGUGCCAAAAUAUUACCCAGUGAUUGUAUUUACUUACCUGAUACCCCGGCCAGUGCUCCUGAUAGCGGAAAACCGCACUGGUCCAGGUUACAUGCAGGCGAAUGAUGCUCUUCUUUGCCCUUUCUUCAUGCCAGCUGCACAUGCGCAGUAAAGUGAAACACUGGCUUUUCUGCUCAAUUGCGCAUGCGCUGGCCCCAGGAUUGCAGGGAAAGAAGAAGAAAAGAAGAGGCUCAUUCGCCUGCAUGUACCCUGGGCUGGUGCACUUUUCUCCUAAUAGGAGCACCUGUCUGGGGUAUCGGGUAAGUUAAUACAAUCAAUGGGGGUUGCCUAACAUUUUGCAUCCCUCCAGUGCUUUCCUCCUUCUUUAAAGGAGAACUAAACCCUAAAAAUGAAUAUGGCGAGAAAUGCCAUAUUUCAUAUACUGAAAUUAAUGCACCAGCCAAAGUUUCAGCAUCUCUUUAGUAGUGAUGAUCCAUGCCUUCAAAGUUGUCGCAGUAGGUCACCAUACUGAAUCGUGUUGGGAGUGUCUGCAACAUAUUCACAGUGGGCUCUGGGCAGCUGCUGAGAAGCUAAGCUUAGUGGCCGUCACAAAAUAUCAAGCAGAAAGUCAGUCUGGCCUGUUAUAAAAGCUGAUGCUACAGGGCUGUUUAUUAAAUUCAGAUGCUAAUGGCACUGGUUUCAGAGCUGCCAUGUAAUGUGACUCUAACUAAAUUACUAAUUUGCCAUAUAUAUAUAACAUUUAUAUUCUAUAUAUACAGUAUAUUGUUUGGGGGCACAGAUCUUCCCUGUUAAAGGGCUGUGGUUGCCCCAAAACAGAAUGUGCAACAUUUCUCCCCCUACUUUGGUUAAAAUUUGCUUCUCCUUUAAAUACUGCCUUAAUUAUUAAUGUUAAAUUUCCAAGACACUAUUAGUUAUAUGCCUUGAGGUCAUGUGUAGGUACAUGCAUGUUUUCUUUGUGAAUAUUGUGUGAGAGUUAGUGGUUAUAAUUAAAUGAAUUAGGGCAGGCUUACUGUAAGCAGCAGGAGGGUCAUUUUUUGUUGAUCUUCAUUAUUUAUUUUGUAUGGUUUUUGAAUUAUUACUGUUUUUAUUUUGCCUGCAACAGAAAAUGUCUGGGGUCACCAACCACUGAAAGAACUUCUGAACUACUGUAAGGGUUUAGUUCAUUUUAAGUGUUGUUCUUAUUUAUGAUUGCAUAUAUAUUUUUUUCUGGAUAUCUCCUAUUGUUCUUCCAUUCUGACUUCCAGACAGCUAUGUGGAUACUGGGGUUCAACCAGAUGCAAUUGACCUUUAGAGUGGCAGAACAAAAAAUAAAAAUAUUUCAAAAACCACAUAAAAUGAAGACUUGUAUUAGAAUACUGCUUGAUGAUAUAGUGAACCAGCCAAUGUGGCUGUAGAAAAUAUAAUCUAUAUAAUAUAUAAAAUCUCUUGCCUGGUCUUUUUUGUAAGGUGCUCUGCAGUAGGUGGGAACAUUAGAACCAUCACAUCAUAACUGUAUUCAAAGUCAACAAAAACAGAAUAAAAUGAUAUGGGCAAAGCACACUUCUAGUUCAUAGAGCCAACAUUUUGAGAAGCCUGGUAGAUAUCUGGGUCACAUUUUGGUUCUGCAAUAGAUUAGAUGGGUGCAGUUCAUGCCUUCAUGUUAUGUCUGAGUUUCCAGGAUAAAGUAAAAGGAUUAUUAAUCGUUAAGUUUAAUGUUUUCUAUGGCUUUGCCAAGUUCUUCCUGUUGUUUCCUGUGAUGGCAUGUGUUCCCCAGAUUAGACUGGAAAUCUGGCUGCUCUUCAGAAUAAGUGUCAGACUUUGAACUUGAUUGCUUAAAGGAGAAAUAAAGGUUAAAUUACUGGGUCCCAAUUUGUUAGGAACCUGCUAUCUCCAGGUUGACCCCUUGUACUUCUCCUUCAAGGAAUGCAGUAGAGGGUAUGACUCUGUAUGAAGCAGUCUGAUUCUUCCUGAAUACUCUGUCUGUGCCACUGUGUGAAUAUAAACGUGUGUGUGUGUGUGUGUGGACUGUAUAGUAGUAAUUGUACUCAGGGUCAAUACAAAUCAGCCGAACAUUGAAAAUGUUAAGUACUUAAGACAUUUGUUUGUGUGUAUCCAUGUGUACUUUUUUAUGCAUAGUGUGUUUCAACUUAAGAUAUAUACUGGGUUGUGUCAUUGAUUUGCUUUCUGUAUAUAAGUUGUUUUAGCCCUUUUUUUUUUAUAUAUAUCUGUUGUGUGGCAGUAUGCAUAGAGAGGGUAUUAGGGUUGUGCGCGUGCUUCAUGGCAUUGUGUUGUAUAUUGCCAAGGAACGCCUUGCAAUCCAUAUGCUUCAUAGACUGAAUGUGUUAUUUAGGCGCUGUUUGUGGCACUACAUUUGGUAGAUGCAGGCAUAUGUUAAGUACGUUUUGUUUCCUUUUAUAUAGUUUUUUGUUUGUUUCUUUGGUUGUUGAUUAAUCAGAAAUGUGUAUACUUUCACAGUAGUGCAUAGAAAACUUGACCAGAGUUAUCUUAUAUAGUAUGUUUAAAAUAUGUAGUAGUCUGUUAUGAUUAUACUGUAUAUGUAUAGCCUUUGUAUGGUUUGUUGGUUUUUUUUUUUUUCAGUAGUUGCAAAACUGUAUGUUUCAGUAUGACAAAGACCACUGCUUAUUUACUGUUAAAUAUACAUGAAUAUUAUGGAUGCCCAAUAAUGGAACUGUUCAUGCUACAAUUUAUUUCAUUAGGCUUUUUCCUUGACCUGCGCUUAUAUGCAGGCCAAAAAUACGCCACAUGUGGCAGUAGCCUUACCCUCUGCAUAAACAGUAUACACAUGCUGCAUACACUAUUUGCCUUGUGCAAAUUAUCUGAUUUCAAGCAUUAACUCAUUUCAAUACCCCCCCCCCCCCCAUGGCAGCAAAGUGUGUAUCUAGCAUGCUAGUUGUUUUAACCUAUAUUUCCUGGUUUAGGAAAAAUUAUUGAUUAUGGGAUAGAAAAAAUGAUCUCCUAUAAUCCAGGUAUGUAUUUCAGAGGAUACUUUGGGGUAUGUGACAUAUGGGAGAUGCACAAAAGCAUCACUGAGUUAGUGGUCUCUCUUAAAAGGGAUUUCUGUACAAACAGACCACCCUUCUAUGCCUUCUGUAUGACUUAAUGUGAACCCCAUGAUAUAUAAAGGCAGCAAUCACAAUUAAGGGCAUUACUAAGGAAGAAGGGUUUAACUUUUUCAUUGGGCAUUGUGUUCAUUAAUCACAAAAAAAAACUUUCCUAAUGACCUGCUUUGUGUAUCUUCUUUACAGUUUUUCCUUUAAUAUCAUUUCAGUAGACGUUUACAACUUUCUUAAUAUGAAUUAUGGAGAAUGGAAAUGGGAGUUUUGUAAUACUUUUUAAAGACAUUUUAGUUAUUUUAGAAUAAUAUGGCAAACUCUUUGUGGCUUAAUCUAGAGCUCAUGUGUAGCAAAUGUAGCAUAUUAAUGGUUUUAGAAAGCCUAAGUACUAUAUAGAAAGGCUCUCUGUAUUGGUGGCUAUUAUAUAAUUAUUAAACAGAUGUUGCAGAGAGAAAUUGGUUUUAUUUAUACACCGUAAGAGCUAAAAUUAAUAGAACACAUUAUGCCUUUGUUGUCUAUUGAAAAUGGGUCUAGAUUGUCAUCAUAAGUGGCAUAAUCUAGUAGUAACCAUGCUGUUGGAAGGAAUGAUUAAAGCUCAGUAAGAUCAUGUUAUUGCAGGCCAUUGUGUUCAUGUAAUUAAUGUGUUAAUAGUGCUGCUUGUUGCACAGUUGCAAUACAAUGAGUCUGAAGUCUGUACUGCUGUAAGGAAGCAAUAGCCUUGCCUUGAAGGAACAAUAAAGCCUAAAGAGAUAUUUAUAAAAAAAAUCCAUCCAUAAUAUUACUUUUACAUUUAUAUCUAUAAACAAAACAAUGAUUUCUGUUGUGUGCCACAAAAUGAUUUUACCCAAUCAUAAAACUUGUUCAGGCAAGGGUUAAACUGUGCAUCCUCUAACUAGCUGAAUGCCUACUUGCCAGCAGAUGGUAAUGGAGGGGCUGAGGUGGGGGGUGAGCCAUCUGCACUAAAACUGACACAUUCAAAUGACUGUUUAACAUAAUGGCUAGCUGUCUUUGGUUUUAUUGCCUGGCUGGAUGUUAUAAGAAAUAUGUAUUCCCUCUCUGCACGUGCUGCAUUCUAUACAUCUAUCAGUGAGAAGUGCACCAAAAGCAGAAUCUGCUGCAGCGCAGCCAAGGGAAAUGCUGAAAUCGUAGUUCAGCAACAUUUGUUUGCAAAUCAAAUGACAAACAUUUUCCCAAAACUCAUCGAAAUGAUGUCAGAAAUUUACUGUCAGAUUUUAGUCAAGUAUUGGGGUGAUAAUCUGAUAUAUCGCAAGUACCGAUGGCAGAUUAUCCACAAUUGAUUACAGCAGUUGGUCUGUUGGUUAGACUGGACUCCAACCCACCGGCCUCCAGUUCUACAGCCUGUUCUAUGCUGUCUAGCCACAGUUUUAUACCCAGCAAUAAAUACACAGUAUUAUAUUAUUUGUACUAUUUACCUAAUACAUUUGAUUUUUAAGGGCCCUUUGUGCAGUUCACUUUUAGCUUGUUUGGCUUCAACAGACGUGGGUGCACAUUUUGCACAAGUGACCAGGUUACUAUCAGGUGUUAUAUAUCAGGUCUGUCCUCACUGUGUUUCAGUAUAAUUAUAUAAGAAAUAUAUGCCUUUUAAAAAUGUGUUUCUUCUCCGCAUGCUAGGGAAUACUAAGAGAAUAGUUGUUGAUUUUAUAUUCACAAUUUGUAGAAUUUUUUUACUUUUUGCUCUGGAAAAAUCUUAAUACAGUACAUUUGUUUGUCUUAUGCACAAUGUCUCAGAGUCAGUAUUUUGUGGAUGAGAUCUGUAGAGGUAACUUUUUUUUUUCCAACACCAGCAAAUUGGUAAACCCAAAUAUUUAUUUGACCUAAUGAAAUAAAUUGUAAUUCUGAGCAAAUUUCCACACAAUAAUUACCACAUGUAAAGGGGUAAUGCAUCUCUUAGUAUAAUGUAGACUGAUAUUGCAAGACAAUUUGCUAUUUGUAAGUAAAAACUGUGGCUUCAUAGAUCAAUAGUAUUUUUGGCUGCUGGGGGCAACAAGCCUCCCAUUUGAAAGCUGAAAAGAUUCAGAACAGGAAGGCAGAUUUUUUAUACAUAUAUAAAUUUAAUUGAAAAGUUGCUAAGAAUAAGACAUACUAUAACACAAAGGUGAACUAACCCUUUAGAUGUGUUAUUUGUACAGGUAAUUGCUAUUAUUUUGGUGUUUACAACCCCUGUAGAGUGUUAUUUCCUGCCCAAACUUUUGGAUCUGCUCUUUAUGCAGGACUGGGAUGGACAGCCCUGUGAUGGGCAGGCAUCAUGUCACAGCUUGGCCAUUGUGUAUAUUGUCAUUAUUAUACCGACAGCACAAAGGCCUGUCAAUUAGUUAUGCUGAAUUGGUUAAAAAGGGAAACCGACAAUUCUACAGAAGCCGCAUUCAUGGUAGUGAACCUGUUACCAUAUUUUUUCUACUUUAUCAAGUGGAAAAACGCCUGCAUUAAUUGUGCUUAGUAGGGGAAGGCUUUGCUUAAUUAGGGUUUCAUAAUGAGAUUCCUAGUGACAGGUCUCGCCAACGAGUGUCGUAGCUCAAACUCAUGUUUUGUCCCAAAUGGGAGAAUUGAUAAGGUAGGGGAAAUCUUGUCAGAUACCUAGUGCCUGAACCUAACCCUAAAUAGCCAGGUAUAACCUGCUCCCAUAGCAGUUAAUUCGUCUGACCCUAACUGAGCAAUGAAAUGACAACAGGCAGGGUUGGAGUAAGGUGCAACAUGACAUGAGCCUGCCUACUCGGGGCUGACUUGUGCAUUAAUAUUAAGGUGUCAGAUUCAGCAGCUUAUUUGCCCUUGUAUAGGGCCCAUCUGAGGGCCUACCUGAGUGGUAUAUGGCCGAAAAUUAGCCAGAUGUGGUUUGGGCAGGUUUGAUUUUUCUGUCAGAUCAAGGACCGCGUCGGCUCGUUGAAGUAGUCCUUACUACAGAGGCUCAUAUUUCCGUUGUUAUUAUCCGAUUGUUUGGUCUUAGGGCCAACUGAUUGUAUUUGCCCGAUAUCACCCACCUUAGGUCGCCAAACGAGCAGCUCUUAUAGUGUAUGGCCAGCAGUUAGGGUUUAUGUUGAAAUAAUACCAUUAUACUGUAAGUACUCAAUAAAUGUUUUGGUCUGAGUGGUCUUCCCUUUCCACAUGGUUACUGUACUUUGGCUGUUUGGUGACAGAAGCAAUAAGACUCCAAAACAACUUGCUUCUAAUCCCCUGUCUUAUAUAUCAACGAGGCAGUCACUUCCGUCCACUUUUAUAUAAGGAAAUACUUUAUUACUCUAAUUUUUAUAUAUCUUAUUGCUUUCUGUAUACUGUUGCUAGUAUGUUGGUACAGACUGUUGUGAAAAAGGCAAACUCUCUUGUGUGAUUGGAUAGGUUCUGUUCUUUUUGUUUUAUAUAUAAAUCUGCCGGUGACUGAGCGACGGCACGACUGAAUGGUUGUUACAUUUUCACGCUGUGUUUGCCUGAUAAGAACUUGAACAUUUUAAAAGGGACAUUUCCAGUAAAAUAAAUUCUAUGCAUAGACGGCAGCUUAUUUCUUGAGCCACAUCCUUAUAAUGAAGCAGUUCUUACUGAUAGUGUUUCUGGAGACAUGAAUGUUGUGUGUAAAGGUUGUAUGGUUUGGUGAGCAAAAUUUAAAAUACAGCACUUUGCCAAAAAGAAAAAAAAAAGGGUAGAAUUAUUUAACAUAAAAUAUGUAUUGUGAAUUUGUUGUGAACAUUAUGUUAUACACAUCAUGAUGGCCUUUUUUAUUUUUAUGUAAUGCUCUGUAUCUUAAUAAAUAAAAUAUUGGUUACUUUA